AUGUCUUAUCAUUUCUCGUUCUUUCUUUCCCCAUUGUUGCAUCUAUUUCUCUCUCUCUCUUUUCUUUCUUUCUUUCUUUCUUUCUUUCUUUCUUUCUAUCUAUCUAUCUAUCUAUCUAUCUAUCUAUCUUCUUUCUUUCUUAUUCUGUUUUCUAUAUGGAUCUGUUUAUCAUUCUUUUGUUUUGUUUUGUUUGUUUCUUUCGUUUUUCUUUCUUUCUUUAUCUAUCUAUCAUUGACUUCUUUCUUUGUUUCAUACUUACUUAUUUUUUUUUCUUUCUUUUGUUAUCUAUCUAUCUAUCUAUCUAUCUAUCUAUCUAUCUAUCUAUCACUAACUUCUUUCUUUGUUUCAAUCUAUCUAUCUAUCUAUCUAUCUAUCUAUCUAUCUAUCUAUCUAUCUAUCUAUCGCACCAUUUCAUUUCUUUGGUCUCACUUCAUUUUUAAGUUUCUUUCUACCUCACUUUUUACUUUCUUUCUUCCUCACUUUUUACUUUUUUCUUCCUCUCUUUUUACUUUCUUUCUACCUCACUUUUUACUUACUUUUUACCUCACUUUUUACUUUCCAUCUUCCUCACUUUUUACUUUCCAUCUUCCUCACUUUUUACUUUCCAUCUUCCUCACUUUUUACUUUCUUUCUUCCUCACUUUUUACUUUCUUUCUACCUCACUUUUUACUUUCCAUCUUCCUCACUUUUUACUUUCCAUCUUCCUCACUUUUUACUUUCUUUCUACAUCACUUUUUACUUUCUUUCUACCUCACUUUUUACUUUCCAUCUUCUUCACUUUUUACUUUCUUUCUUCCUCACUUUUUACUUUCUUUCUACCUCACUUUUUACUUUCCAUCUUCCUCACUUUUUACUUUCCAUCUUCCUCACUUUUUACUUUCUUUCUACAUCACUUUUUACUUUCUUUCUACCUCACUUUUUACUUUCCAUCUUCCUCACUUUUUACUUUCCAUCUUCCUCACUUUUUACUUUCCAUCUUCCUCACUUUUUACUUUCUUUCUACAUCACUUUUUACUUUCUUUCUACCUCACUUUUUACUUUCCAUCUUCCUCACUUUUUACUUUCUUUCUACAUCACUUUUUAAUUUCUUUCUACCUCACUUUUUACUUUCUUUCUUCCUCACUUUUUACUUUCUUUCUUCCCCACUUUUUACUUACUCUCUUCCUCACUUUUUACUUUCUUUGUACUUCACUUUCUAGUAUCUUUCUUCCUCACUUUUCCUCUACUUCACAUUUUAAUUUUUUUCUACAUCAUUUAAAAUGUCUUUUUCCUCACUUUUUAGUUCUUUUCUACCUCACUUUUUAUUUACAUUCUACAACACUUUUUCGUUUCUUUUUACCUCAUUAUUUACUUACUUUCUACCUGAUUUUUAAGUGUCUUUCUGCCUCUCAUUUUAGUUUAUUUCUACUUCACUUAUUACUUUCUUUCUACCUCACUUUUAUUUCUUUCUAUCUCACUAUUAAUUUCUUAUUUCUCUCUUUCUCCUAUUUAUCCGUUCUUUCUUUCUCUCUUUCUUUCUUUCUUUCUUUCUCUCUUUCUCUCUUUCUUUCUUUUUGUUUGUUUCUUUUUUUUUUAAUUAUUUCUUUCUGCCUGUCCAGUGCUGUUUUGUCUAUACUAAUCGUACGCAUCAAUUUCUUUUACAUCCUAAAUAAAAUCGAAUGCAACUGUACCGGGGAGUCUUUUUCUUUUUCGAUUCAUCCAUUCAUUCAGUCAACAUGUAGAAGAAUUAAGGACAGAACUGAAUGUGAUAACAACGCUCAGCACAACGCGAACGAACGACAAAACGAAUGUCACCGGCCUUAUAUAAAGAAAGAAAUCUUUUUUCUUUCUUUCUUUCUUUCUUUCUUUCUUUAUAUUAUGUAUGCUUUCUUAUUUGCAUUAAAACCAAAAAGCGGCUUCUAUCUUAGCUUUCUUUUUUAUAUAAAGAAAGAAAUCUUUUUCUUUCUUUCUUUCUUUCUUUCUUUCUUUCUUUCUUUCUUUCUUUCUAUUAUGUAUGCUUUCUUAUUUUUAUUAAAACCAAACAGCACCCUCUAUCUUAGCCUUCUUUUUUGUUAUAUAAUGAAAGAAAGAAAUCUUUUUCUUUCUUUCUUUCUUUCUUUCUUUCUUUCUUUCUUUCUUUCUUUCCUGUAUGCUUUCAUAAUUAUAAGCACCAAAUGGAAGGUUAUUAUUACCAUUAAUGUCACAAUCUUUUUUUCUUUGCGAGAAUAUAGUUUGGCUCGUUUAAUAAAGACGUCGAACUUUUAA